AUGUUCACGGCUUUGGUAAAGAGCUGGGUUUUUCCUAUAAUAAACAAAGGAAGAAAGCAAAUUUUGAAAGAAGAAGAUUUACACGAAGCCUCACAACAUCACACCUCAGAGUAUCUUGGGGAUCUACUUCAAAAAGAGUGGAAAAAGGAAUUGCAGAAGAAAAAUCCGAACAUACUGAAAACUGUAUUAAGUUUUGUUGGUUGGAAGUACUUAGUUGUAAUACUUCUUGUACUAAUUCAGGAAACAGCUUUAGUUGCAGGUCAAGCAUAUUUUCUAGGAUCAACAGUACGUUAUUUCGAAAACAGAGAAGAAUGGAAUUACUACAACGUUUAUCUUACAAUUGCAGGAUUCUUUACUGUUACUGCGAUUUAUUUGUUUACGCAUAAUACUAACCUGUUUAUGACAGAAUAUUAUUCAAUGAAACUGAAGGUAGCUUUCUGCACUCUUAUUUAUAGAAAGGCAAUUAGGUUAAGUUCUUCUUCUCUGGAAAAAUCAAAUGUGGGACAAAUGGUAAAUCUUCUAGCUAACGACGUCGGCAAAUUCCAGAACAAAGUUUUCUCUAUUUCAUCUCUAUUUACAUCGCCUUUCUUCAUCAUUUUUUCGAUACUGAUGUUAUGGCAAUAUUAUGGAUGGACUAUUUUAAUGGGAUAUUUGGUAGUAUUUCUCUUCGUUCCUAUACAAUUUGCUUUGAGUAAACUAUACUCAAAAUUAAGAUUACAAGCAGCUAUUUUGGCAGACGAAAGAUUGAAUUUGUUGAACGAGAUGAUUGCUGAUAUGAGAUUAAUUAAAAUGUACACUUGGGAAUUGCCAUAUGCUGCAUUAAUAGAAAAAAUCAGACUGUACGGUAUAUCAUACAUAUUGGCGUAUCCUAUAUCAAAAUUAUUUAUUCUCCUGUCAUUUGUCGCAAUUUUAUUAAAUGGUGGAGAAUUAAAUUCCAAAAUUGCGUUCGUCACAAUGCUUUAUUCCCUGUACGUUUUCAACAGCAUUUUUACUCUAUUUUCUCAUGGAAUGAGUUUUUUUGCAGAAAUAUUGGUUUCAUUGAAGAGGAUACAGGGUUUCCUACUCCUUCAUGAAAAAGAGAAUAAUGCUGUCAAAACUGUAGAAAAAGAAGAUAAUUUAAAGGAAAUACUCAUGGAUACUGUCACAGCUGCAUGGAAAAAAGGAACUGAACCAACGUUGAAUGGGAUAUCUUUAAAUAUGCAAUCUGGAGAAUUAUUACUUGUUGUCGGUCAUGUUGGAUCAGGAAAGACAUCUUUACUAAUGUCCGUGUUGGGAGAGAUUCCAAUUACUUCUGGUGAAGUGUCUGUGAAAGGAAAGAUCUCGUAUGCUUCUCAAGAAGCUUGGGUAUUCAACGCAACUGUCAGAGAAAAUAUCUUGUUCGGAGAAGAAUAUCACGAAGACAAAUAUAAAAAAGUCUUGCAUAUUACUGCGUUAGAAAAGGAUAUUAGAUUAUUUCCGAAAGGAGAUCAGACAAUUGUAGGAGAACGAGGUGUCAUAAUGAGCGGUGGGCAAAAAGCAAGAAUUAAUUUAGCAAGAGCGCUAUAUGUGGAUGCCGUUAUUUUCCUUCUGGAUGAUCCACUGAGUGCCGUUGAUGUUCCAGUAGCAAAACAUAUAUUCGAAAAAUGUAUAAUGGAAUAUCUGAAAGACAAGAUUUGCAUUCUCGUUACGCAUCAAAUACAAUUUCUAAAUUCUGCGAGUAAAAUUUUAGUGUUAAAGAAGGAAGUUGAAAAUAACAAAAUACCACGCGACAAUGAAAGAGUUAAGAAACCAAAAAUUUCAGUCUAUAAAGCAUACGUGAAUGCCGGAGCUGGACUUUUCUUCAAGAUCGUUAUUUUAUCCACGCUAAUUAUAUCGCUAUCCGUUACGAGUGCCAGCGACUACUGGCUAAUCGAAUGGCUGCAAGAUAUUAGAAUCUAUAGCCAGAACGAAGAGAAUCUCGAAAAUAUGACAUCUAAUAGAAGUUUUUUUAACGAAUUUAAAAACAACAAUUUUUACUAUAAUGAAUUUUUCGACAUGUAUGUUUAUAUAGGAUUGAUCUGUGCUGUAUUUCUAACGUCGAUACCUUCCGGAUUAUUGUUAUACAAAUUUUUUACAAUUGCUUCUUUCAAGCUUCACAACAAUAUGUUUCGUUGUAUCAUUCGAACUCCGAUAGCAUUUUUGGAUAACAAUCCCGUUGGAAAAAUCUUAAAUCGAUUUUCUAAAGAUGUUAGUACCAUGGAUGAUUUGAUUCCUUUCUUUACUUAUUAUUUAAUAAGGGGAUACUUAAUUCUUGUUGGCAUGUGUGUUGUUCAAGCAAUCGUCUGUCCAUAUCUACUUGUAUUAAUUGCAGUCCUUUCAAUAAUAUUUUACGCUUUUUGGACAAUUUUCAGCCGAGUGAUGAAAAGCAUAAAACAUCUGGAAGGAAAAUUUAGAAGGGCCUUUUUAUACUGCGGCAAUAUUAUGGACAGAGACAAAGAAAUCGACAGGAUUAAACGGAUAGCAGAAUCCUUAGGCUACAGGAGAAACAUAAUUGCCGGCAUUGUUAGAAACUUUGAGAUAAAGGAUACAAAGGUCUCUAAACAAAGACCUAGUAAAUACAUAAAAUUCACCUACAACAAAAAUGUAAGAAGCGUUAUGAAGGAGAUUGCGGACAUAAAAGAAUCAACGGUGAUUUUAAAACGAGCUCCUAAUUUAUUUAAAAUUCUAAGAAACGAUAAAGGGGAUAUUAAGAAAGAAGAUAAAGCAGGAGUUUAUAAGAUCCCGUACGAGAACCAACAAUUAGGAUUAAAAAAGGAGUACAUAGGAGUUACAACAAGGAAAUUGGGCAAUUUGAAAUCAGAAGCAUCCUACGAAAGUUUGCCUCAUCAGCGACCACCAUCUGAUUGGCCAGAAAGAGGAGAAAUUCAUUUCGAUAAUGUUUCUUUGCAAUACUCCACGGAUAAAAAUAUUGUGUUAAAAAACUUAACAUUUCAUAUUCGCACCGGAGAAAAGAUAGGGAUUGUUGGAAGAACAGGAGCAGGAAAGAGUUCUAUAAUUGCUGCGUUAUUUCGCAUGACAGAGCCAACAGGAACGAUAACCAUCGAUGGUGUUGACAUUAAAGAUAUUGGACUUCGAGAUCUUCGUAGUAAAAUAUCCAUCAUUCCUCAAGAUCCUAUGUUAUUUACCGGGCCACUUCGAAGAAACAUGGAUCCUUUUAAUGAAUAUUCUGAAGAAAUGCUGUGGAAAGCCAUAGAGCAGGUACAAUUAAAAGAAGUUAUUAGUAAAUUACCUGGAGGAUUGGAUUCGCAUUUAACAGAAGGAGGGCGAAAUUUCAGCGUGGGGGAAAGACAGUUAAUUUGUCUUGCCAGAACUAUUCUUCGCCAGAAUAAAAUUCUUGUUAUGGACGAAGCAACGUCCAAUAUUGAUAAAAGAACCGAUUCCUGUCUACAGAAAAUAAUUCGAGAAAAAUUCAAAUCUUGUACGGUGUUGACAAUAGCCCACAGAUUACAUACAAUUAUCGAUUCGGAUAGAGUUCUGGUAUUAGAUACAGGGAGAGUACAAGACUUUGACUCGCCGUAUGCAUUACUGAAGAACGUAAAUGGUAUAUUUUAUAAUUUGGUAAAGAAGACGGGAGUAACUUCAAUGAAUGAGUUAUACGAAAUUGCAAAAGUUAAAUAUUACGAUAAAGAGAGGGUCGAACAAACAAAACUAUAAAACAGAUAAUUUUAUUCUAUGUAUAGACGAUGUGGAUCUGGUGUUAUGAAUUUUUUGUUUAAAUUAGUACUUAGAGUGGUAUUUUCACACAUCACAUAACAUAUAAAAUUGUAAAAAUCUAAACAUUUGUUAGUAUAUGCAAAUUCCACGGUUCAAUUUAUACAUGCUGAUCUUUUAUUGAGAUGCCAUCA